CCAUGGCGACGGGGCUGUUCCUGGAGGGGCGGCGGGGGCGGGGCGCCGCCCUGCUCAUCCUACGAGCACCAAAGGAAGAAAGCUUCCCCCUGGACAUUUCGGUCACCCCGUCGCUGCUGCAGGUGAAAAGCCCGAAAGGUUGCCAGGAGGUCAGCCUCCCAGGAGGAGUCAGGCUUGUCCCUUCCUCCUGCCGGGGACUGCAGUAUGUGGCUGGGGAUGGGGUGCACAUAAGACUACAAAUCCUGGCAGAUUCGCGUUCAAAAGCGGCUCCAACUUUGAGUCAAAGUGUAAAGACUCAAGAAAGUUGUACUUUUCACUGCCAAACCUGUGGUGAGAUCAUCAUAAGGGAAAGGAGGUUCCACAGAGUCCUCCCUCUUCCAAGUGAAAACUGGAGUGCCCUAGUUGAUGAAUGGUGUUGCCAUCCUGAUCCAUUUGCUAAUCGGGAACUUCGCCCUCAAGAAAGUGACUGCUUUGUGGGAGACACUCACUUCCUUGUGAACUUAGGACACGAGCUACUCGAGCCAGGUUCCGGAGUGACCCGAAAAGAGAGUCACCCUCCUGCUUCCGAGAGCCAACCUGGACAGAAACCCAAGGCAAAUACCAGAGUAAUUUGUAAACGUUGCAAGACGUUACUGGGAGAGAGUACGACAUCAGAUAGCUACCUACUUGCCCAUGGGACCACAAAGCUUUUUGUUACGGAGAUCAUUAUUAAGCCAUCUGGGCAAGAUUUUGCCAUUGUUCCAAGGUCUCAGUACGUUCAAAGUGUUUUUGCGCAAUGUCUCUGGGAGCUGUCUUCAGCAAGAAGCACAUUUAGGUUCAGCAUUCAAGGUCACGACGGGAAAACGUACAUCUUGAUGUGGCUUUUAAACUCUGACACUAUGCUGGUGGAAUCUCUGGGAAAUUCAGAGGGAAGCAAUGUGUUCACAGUCUUUGAAGACCUGUUGAGUCCUGAUUCUAACUCCUUGGAAGUCAGGGAUGCGAUCAAGGUUCUUUACCAUCCGUGCAUCAAAAACCGAAAUAAAGAACUCGCAAGUUCCUGGGAAACUGACAUUGGGGUUCAUGCUCUAACUUUGCCCUCCAAAACCUGCUUGGAACUGCUCUUGAUUCUCUCCUGGAGCAAUAGAGCACUGCCAUCCUCCCUUCGCUACAUGGACUCCUUCCAGGUGGCUUUUCUGAAACUAUGAGCAUUGGGACCUGGGCAUCCUCUGCUCCGCCAAGAAACAUUCCUGUCCAUCGUACACCAAGGGGGCUGCCGUGAGAGAAGAUGGUGCUAGAAGUCCAGGUCGGAACCGUUGUGGUGUUCAACAUAAUGCUUUGGAACUCUGUGUGGCUUUAGAUACCCCAGGGAGCAUUGACUCAACCCCUUUCCAUGUCUGCAGCUUCAGAGAGCCUUACAGUUGCCUGCGGAGAAGAGACCUAAGAGAAGGGCGGCCCCAGUGCAGAAAACUUAGCUCCUCGGCUGGGCCAUCCCCACUCAGAAAACAGAUUGCCGAUCGAUGCCACGGUCGCUACCACAGGCCCGUUUGGUUCUGGGUAGGCCUGAGGAAGAAGCCCUUUGGGGCCCAGAUGUGUUGAGUCAGGCUGCAGAUCUUGAUAGACGGAGCCCCGGGAAGACUUUGAAGACCUUUCGUGAUUUUUCAAAUGGAGCGGGAAAUAAGACCUGUCCAAACAGUGUUCCCAAAUUCAAAAAGCAAAUGCAUUUUUCAAAAUAAACCAUCUUCCCCAGUG